AUGGAGCUGGAGAGCUAUGAGCAACCCGUGGUUUUGAGAGAGGACAACCUUCGCCGGCGCCGGAGGAUGAAGCCGCGCAGCGCGGCGGGCAGCCUGUCUUCCAUGGAGCUCAUCCCCAUCGAGUUUGUCCUGCCCACCAGCCAGCGCAUCAGCAAGACGCCAGAAACUGCGCUGCUGCACGUGGCCGGCCAUGGCAACGUGGAGCAGAUGAAAGCUCAGGUGUGGCUGCGCGCGCUGGAGACCAGCGUGGCCGCCGAGUUCUACCACCGCCUAGGCCCGGACCACUUCCUCCUGCUCUACCAGAAGAAGGGACAGUGGUAUGAGAUCUACGACAGGUAUCAGGUGGUGCAGACCCUAGACUGCCUGCACUACUGGAAGAUGAUGCACAAGAGCCCCGGCCAGAUCCACGUGGUACAGCGACACGCCCCUUCCGAGGAGACCCUUGCUUUCCAGAAGCAGCUCACCUCCCUGAUCGGCUACGACGUCACCGACGUCAGCAACGUUCACGACGACGAGCUGGAGUUCACUCGCCGCCGCCUGGUCACGCCCCGCAUGGCCGAGGUGGCUGGCCGGGAUGCCAAACUCUAUGCCAUGCACCCUUGGGUGACGUCCAAACCUCUCCCUGACUACCUGUCAAAAAAGAUCGCCAACAACUGCAUCUUCAUCGUCAUCCACCGCGGUACCACCAGUCAAACCGUCAAGGUUUCGGCAGAUGAUACUCCGGGGACCAUUCUCCAGAGCUUCUUCACCAAGAUGGCCAAGAAGAAGUCCCUAAUGAAUAUCCCAGAGAGUCAGGGAGAGCAGGACUUUGUGCUGCGGGUCUGCGGCCGCGACGAGUACCUGGUGGGCGAAACGCCCCUCAAAAACUUCCAGUGGGUGAGGCAGUGCCUCAAGAACGGAGAUGAGAUCCACCUGGUGCUCGACACGCCUCCAGACCCAGCCCUGGACGAGGUGAGGAGGGAAGAGUGGCCGCUGGUGGACGACUGCACUGGCGUCACCGGCUACCACGAGCAGCUGACCAUCCACGGCAAGGACCACGAGAGCGUGUUCACGGUGUCGCUGUGGGACUGCGACCGGAAGUUCAGGGUCAAGAUCAGAGGCAUCGAUAUCCCUGUCCUGCCUCGGAACACCGACCUCACUGUUUUCGUGGAAGCAAACAUCCAGCAUGGCCAGCAAGUCCUUUGUCAGCGGAGAACCAGCCCGAAGCCCUUCACGGAAGAAGUACUCUGGAAUGUGUGGCUGGAGUUCGGCAUCAAAAUCAAAGACUUGCCUAGAGGGGCCCUACUGAACCUCCAGAUCUACUGCUGCAAAACUCCAGCCCUGUCCAACAAGGCUUCCGCCGAGUCGCCAGGCUCCGAGUCCAAGGGCAAAGCCCAGCUUCUCUAUUACGUGAACCUGCUGUUAAUAGACCACCGGUUCCUCCUCCGCCACGGGGACUAUGUGCUCCACAUGUGGCAGAUAUCCGGGAAGGCAGAAGAGCAGGGCAGCUUCAACGCCGACAAGCUCACAUCUGCAACCAAUCCUGACAAGGAGAACUCCAUGUCCAUCUCCAUCCUGCUGGACAACUACUGUCACCCCAUAGCCCUGCCUAAGCAUCAGCCCACCCCUGACCCAGAAGGAGACAGGGUUCGAGCGGAAAUGCCCAAUCAGCUUCGAAAGCAAUUGGAGGCGAUCAUAGCCACGGACCCACUUAACCCUCUCACGGCAGAGGACAAAGAAUUGCUCUGGCAUUUUAGAUAUGAAAGCCUGAAGCAUCCGAAGGCAUACCCUAAGCUGUUCAGCUCGGUGAAAUGGGGACAGCAAGAAAUUGUUGCCAAAAUGUACCAGCUGUUAGCCAGAAGGGAGAUCUGGGAUCAAAGUGCUUUGGAUGUUGGUUUAACCAUGCAGCUCCUGGACUGCAAUUUUUCAGAUGAAAACGUGAGAGCCAUUGCAGUUCAGAAACUGGAGAGCUUGGAGGACGACGACGUUCUACAUUACCUACUCCAGCUGGUGCAGGCUGUGAAAUUCGAACCAUACCAUGACAGUGCGCUGGCCAGAUUCCUACUGAAGCGUGCCUUGAGAAACAAAAGGAUUGGCCACUUCUUGUUCUGGUUCUUGCGGAGUGAGAUAGCCCAGUCCCGACACUAUCAGCAGAGGUUCGCGGUGAUCUUGGAAGCGUACCUGCGGGGCUGCGGCACAGCCAUGUUGCAGGACUUCACGAAGCAGGUCCAAGUGAUCGAGAUGUUCCAAAAAGUCACCAUUGAUAUUAAGUCGCUCUCUGCGGAGAAGUAUGACGUCAGUUCCCAAGUCGUUUCACAGCUUAAGCAAAAGCUUGAAAACCUGCAGAAUUCCAAUCUCCCCAAGAGCUUUAGAGUUCCCUAUGAUCCUGGACUGAAAGCAGGUACCUUGGUGAUCGAAAAGUGUAAAGUGAUGGCCUCCAAGAAGAAGCCGCUGUGGCUUGAGUUCAAGUGUGCCGACCCUACAGUCCUAUCUAAUGAGACCAUUGGGAUCAUCUUUAAACACGGCGAUGAUCUGCGCCAAGACAUGCUGAUCUUACAGAUUCUACGCAUCAUGGAGUCCAUUUGGGAGACAGAAUCUCUGGACCUGUGCCUCCUGCCAUAUGGGUGCAUCUCAACUGGUGACAAAAUAGGAAUGAUCGAGAUUGUGAAGGACGCCACAACGAUCGCUCAGAUUCAGCAAAGCACAGUGGGUAACACCGGGGCGUUCAAGGAUGAAGUCCUGAAUCACUGGCUCAAGGAAAAAUGCCCUAUUGAAGAAAAAUUUCAGGCGGCAGUGGAGAGGUUUGUCUACUCCUGUGCAGGCUACUGUGUGGCCACAUUCGUUCUUGGAAUAGGUGACAGGCACAACGACAACAUUAUGAUCUCAGAGACAGGAAAUCUAUUUCAUAUAGACUUUGGACACAUUCUUGGGAAUUACAAGAGCUUCCUGGGCAUUAAUAAAGAGAGAGUGCCAUUUGUCCUAACCCCAGACUUCUUGUUUGUGAUGGGAACUUCUGGGAAAAAGUCAAGCCCACACUUCCAGAAAUUUCAGGAUGUCUGUGUCAAGGCUUAUCUAGCUCUGCGCCACCACACAAACCUGCUGAUCAUCCUGUUCUCCAUGAUGCUGAUGACAGGAAUGCCCCAGCUGACUAGCAAAGAAGACAUUGAGUAUAUCCGGGAUGCCCUCACAGUGGGGAAGAACGAGGAGGAUGCUAAGAAGUAUUUCCUUGAUCAGAUUGAAGUCUGCAGAGACAAAGGAUGGACCGUGCAGUUUAACUGGUUCCUACAUCUUGUUCUUGGCAUCAAACAGGGAGAGAAACACUCCGCUUAA